CCCCAACAUCCUUUCCUUCCCUCCAUAUCUCGCUCCCCUAGUCCAGAAUCGCUACUCUACCCACAUUCGUUGCUUCACUUCAUUGCAUAGUAGCUAAUCCUCUGCCUCGUGUGCGGAACGCACCACAACUUUUGCACCGUCUUGGCCACCAUGGCACACUCUCCCCUACGCCUGCCCGCCUUCAAGUCGGGCAAUGGCUCACUCAUCCCAUUCGAUUACUCCGAUACCUUUGUACGCCUAGCAAUCCUGAGCAUCCGGUCGCUGCCGGUGGUGUGUUGGCUCUAUCUUGCUGCUUACCUCUUCAUACCCAGCUCUACCGUUGUUGCCACGCUGCCCUCGGCUCUCAGGACCAAAUGGCUCAGGCUCAUGGCCAGGUACGUCUGGUUCCCUUGGUCUGUCAUCGAAGUCGUCUUCUCGCUGUACCACGCCUAUCUAGUAAGGAAGGUACAAGGUCCUGGCCCUCAGCCCAUCUACAGCCGCCGUUUCCUACGCAAAGUCUUUGCACGAGCACUCAAGAGCGGACUAGGACUUGACAACUUGGUCAAGGCGGACGAGACGCACAGGCAGCAGGUAGAGCAAGACAACAUCAAAGAAGCCACAAAUUCAAAGCUGGAGGGUACCAGACCGGAAGGCAACGAGAAGAGCCACUCGAAAGCGACUCAGGCCAACAAUGGGUCCGAUGGAGACGACCCCGAGCCAUGGUUCAAAGCCAAUGCUCUUACCCCCGACGACCCGAGAGCUCGCAAAUUUCAAAGGGAGCAGGCAAAGUGGUUCCACCUCGACCCACAAUACAAGAAGGAAUCUCACAAGCAUAUCACAAGGAGGGACGUCAGUCACUGGCUGGCCUGGAGUCUCUUCAAUUCGCAUCUAGAGGACAUUGAGGCGGAGCACUCUGACAUCUCCAAGAAGGCUCGGGCAGGCGACGAGCUUCCCCAGAUCGCAAAUGAGACUCAUGGCACUGCUGCUGACGAGGCGGAUGAAGAGGACCCCAACUUGCGCAAAGUCUACGCCGAGCCUGGAGAAUGGUCCAAUGCCGAAGGCGGUACGAGACUAGACUUCCUCCGUAAAGCAAGGAGGAUGCUCGAAGCUAGACAAGGGCAAAGAUACCCGCUGAAGAGGGAUGGUGAACCCGGCCCGGAGGAAGAAUUGGACGGAGAAGGGGGCUCGAAAGAUCAGCCGUUGACUGGUAGCAUGAGGUUGACCAUUGACCCCGUUGUCGUGGAGGCCAGGCCUUUCUUGGUCUACUGCAUCACUCAGAGCUUGUCUCGCUUCACGCUCUAUCGUGCCACUCGUCACAAAGGCUUUGAGCUUCGAACCUCAGGCAGGUUGUCCUACCUCGUCAGCAUCCCAUCAUCCUGGUCGCCUGAGAAGGCGGCUGACCCCGCCAGCAAGGGCAGAUACCGCCCCACGAUUUUCCUACACGGUCUCGGCAUCGGCUUGGCUCAAUACCACGCUCUGAUCGACGAGCUCGCCGGGUCCGCUCUCUCCGAGACACACCCCAUCAUGAUACCCAUCCAGCCUCACAUCUCCCAGAACAUCUUUUCCCCGCACUUCCUCAAGCCGAUUGGACACCACGAGAUGAUCAUCUGUCUCCGCAAGGCAAUGAAGACUCUCCGCUUCGACGGCGAUGUGCAAGUGCUAAGCCACUCCAUGGGCACAAUUGUUCACGCCUGGCUCCUCAAGUCCCUCGGCAAUCGCAUCGCCCGCUCUUGCUUCGUAGACCCCAUCCCCUUCCGACUCUUCAUCCCCGACGUCUGCGGGAACUUCCUCUACUUCAAAGCAGACAAUUCCAUCAAGCGUCUCUUGCGAUUCUUUGUCGGAAGAGAAAUUGGGACUGCUAACACUCUAUCGAGGUACUUUGAUUGGUCCUCCAACAUCCUCUGGCCCGAAGAUGAGAUUCCCAACUUGACCUCUCCGCAACACACUCGCUUCUUCCUAGCAGGGCAGGACGUGAUCCUCAAUUGUCAAGAGACGAGGGAAUACUUGCUCGAAUAUGGAGUCAAGGAAGAAGUGACUAGCGCAGAGGGCAAGAGGGAGAGGGGUGGAAUGGUCGUGGAUUGGAAGGCGGCGCAUGGGGAGUUGCUCAUGAAGGAUGGAAGGGGAAUGAAGAUGAUCAUGAAGUGGUUGCAGGAGGAAGAUGAGUGAAAGCGAACAAAGAAAGGAAAAAACGAGACGGGGAUCACCCUAUCCCCACAGCGCUAGCGCUAGCGCUAGCACUACCACGCAAUGGCAGGUAGCUAGCCUCCCUUGCAAAAGCUCAGCUAGAAUAUACCCGGUGGUGCGCAGACCUCCUGUUGCCUAGACUAGACUAGACUAGACUACACUAGACCACCCUAUCAUCUAUAGACCCAGCACCAGAUCAAUGUACAUACCCAUAUCCCCACAUACUCUGCACUUUACACCUCUCUUC